UAUAUAUGUUCCAUUUUAUAAUUGUUUAACUCUACACUCUACAUAAAACGGCUUAAGAACAAUCCCCUACCCGAGUUAAACUUGCAACAGCGUGUUUUUUAAUCACGACGUGCAACAGAUUCGCCAUUUUUUGGACGUCAAUCAUUCGGGUCAACUGAGGUCAACCAUCAAAUAUGGAUGCUGAGGUAUACACAAUACUUUCGAUUGCAACCUAAUUUUGAAUGAAUUUUAACUCAAAUCUUACUGAAAGUUAAUUUUUGUUAUUAGCUACGAUGUUUCAAGCUAAUAUUUGUGAAUAUAUAGAUCGAUAAUUCCUUGGUUGACGAUUGAUAACGAAAACUUUAAGCUUUGACUCACUGUGUAACGAAAAGAGGCCCCCCAAGGGUUAAUGCGUAAAAUGCAAACUCAGUUAAUUUUUAUUGACUCGUAAAGAAAUCUAAAAAAAUGGAUUAAUUAGAAUCUCUAUAUCGAUGAAAUUUUCUAAAAUAUUUUUUCCGCUGCCUGUCUUCAAAAAAUCAGAUUUAAUUAAUGUAUUUUUACGGGUCUUCUAGAUCUGUGAUAGACAUAUCUAUAUUAAGCCUUCUGUACAGUACUGAAUAUUUUACGUUAUUACUUGGAUCGGACUUCACAUUGUUAAAGAAUUUUUAUAUUUAACAUGUACAGCUUAAAAAACGACAUAAAUAUUGAUAUAAAGACAAAUUAAUAACUAGGCUACAUGCAUAUAUAUAUAGCUUGUAUUUCACUAUGGGCCUACACUUUACAUGUAAUUUGUACACUACAGUUUUGCCAGCGUAUGUGCACGCAAUUUUUAUUAUUAUUAUGUGUUUAAACGUAUACAGCAGUAGCAGUAAUAUUGUUAGUUUGGUGUAAUGCAAAUAAAUCCUUUACAAAAUUCUGAAAUUGGCUUACCAAUAGAAAAAACUAAAAGCUGCUGGGUCAAGAAAACGAGGCCGGGGCAGAGGAGGUAAACGCAUGAGGAGCAAGAGAGUUCGAGACAUCCAGGAUGUUAUAAAUGCCCGAAAGCAGAAACUACAGGAAACAGUUAGCAAGUUAACAGGUGAGAGUUGUCGUCAACUCAUUGCGAAGCUCUGUGAUAGGGAUCCCUCGUUGAUAUUUGAUAUUUUAGAAGAAUCGUCGGAGCAAAUGUCAGCGCAUGGAGGGUACCAUCCUCCACCAGGUGAUGCACCAUCUUGGUGCACGUGUGGAAAUUGUAGACAGAUGCCCUCUGACAUAGAGAGGGUAUGCUGUCAACAAAUCCCGGAGAACUGUUUUUCAUUAUUGCCAGACUUUAGCAUGUUGGUCCUAGAUGAGGCAGUUCUAUCAAUUGCCCAGAGAUACAGGGAAGAUGUUCUGGCAGUACCAAGGGACCAGGAUGUCAACAGGGGGUAUCGCCACACAGCCUACCGCCAGUUUAUCUUGUGGCACUAUGGUAGGUUAGGUGCAGGUAAUAGGCGUGUUGUGCCCAGCUGCUGUGUGUGGCAAAUAAGAGACAAAUUCCCGGACAGCUUUGGACAAUACACAGGCUUUAAAGAUGGACGUUUGGCUUAAAA